AUGACUACAAGAUCCUUAACUUUAACUCACGGUUCCAUUGAACAUAAAUUAUCCGUUCCAAACGUCUCCUUUUUUGCUGCAUUUCAAUUACAAGAACAAUUUAAAAAGACCUUACCAGAUCCAACAGAGGGGUUUGCUGCUGAUGAAGAACCUUCCUCUUCUGCUGAACUUCUAGGGAAGUUUUUGGCCUAUAUCUCUUCUUUAAUAACACCAGAAACAAAAACGCAAUUCGAUGCCGUUUUAAAUGUCGCUCUACAAGAAUUUGAAAAUAGUUAUUUGCAAGGUAAUGAUAUUCAUACUUUUGCUGCUAAACUUUUGCAAGAGAAUGAAUCCAGUACAUUGCCAAAAGUUAAAGAAUUGAUAAGAAAUUUCUUAACUGCUACAUUUAUCUCUACUGGUAAAGUUGCCAUUGCUAAAUCGAAAUCUGCUUUAAUAAAAUCCGUUGAAGAUAAGAAAUCUGAAUUAGUGGCAAUCUUUGGUGGUCAAGGUAAUACAGAUGAUUAUUUUGAAGAAUUAAGAGAACUGUAUACUGUCUAUAAUGUUUUGAUUUCCGAUAUUAUCCACACUUCUCAUGAUACGUUAAAUGAAUUAAUUAAAUCCACACCAGGUGCAGAAAAGGUCUUUACUCAAGGUUUUGAUUUAUUGGAAUGGUUAGAAACACCAUCAAAAACACCAGACGUUGAUUAUUUAUUAUCUAUCCCAAUCUCAUGUCCAUUAAUUGGUGUUAUUCAACUAGUCCAUUAUGCAGUUACAGCAAAAUUAUUAGAUUUUACACCAGGUCAAUUGAGAGACCAUUUAGCUGGCGCUACUGGUCAUUCUCAAGGUUUAGUAACUGCUAUUGCUAUUGCAGAAGCCGAUUCAUGGGAUUCUUUUUACAACAUUAUGAAGAAAGCAAUUUCAUUAUUGUUCUUUAUUGGUGUACGUUGUGAUUUAGCCUAUCCAAACACUUCGUUACCACCUUCUGUUGUCAAGGACUCCAUUGAAAAUGGUGAAGGUACUCCAUCUCCAAUGUUAACUAUUUCUAAUUUAUCGCAAGAACAAGUCCAAAGUUACAUUGAUGAAACUAAUUCACAUUUACCAAAGGAAAAACACGUUGUCGUCUCUCUUGUUAACGGUGCUAGAAAUUUAGUUGUUUCUGGUCCACCACAGUCCUUAUAUGGUUUAAAUUUGGUUUUAAGAAAGGCUAAAGCUCCAGCUGGUUUGGAUCAAGCAAGAAUUCCAUACAGUGAAAGAAAAUUGAAGUUCUUUAAUAGAUUCUUACCAAUUACCUCUCCAUUCCAUUCUCCAUUAUUGAGUCCAGCCAACGAUGCCAUCCUUUCGGACUUAACAUAUCAAGGUAUCGAUUUCAAACAAUCUGAUAUUAAGAUUCCAGUCUAUGACACCUUUGAUGGCCAAGAUUUAAGGAAGUACCAGGGUUCGUUGGCUGCUAGAAUUGUCGAUUGUAUCAUUAAUUUACCAGUCAAAUGGGAGACUGCUUGUCAAUUUUCUGCUUCUCACAUCCUUGAUUUCGGUCCAGGUGGUGCUUCUGGUUUGGGUGUUCUAACUCAUCGUAAUAAAGACGGUACUGGUGUUCGUGUCAUCGUAGCUGGUUCUUUAGAUUUAAACUCUGAAGAUGAUUAUGGUUUCAAACAAGAGAUAUUUGAUAUCUCUGUAUCUGGACUAAAGAGAAACCAAGACUGGUUACAAGAAUUUCAUCCAAAAUUGGUUAAGAAUAAGAAUGGUAAAAUAUAUGUUGAUACCAAAUUCUCUAGAUUAAUUGGUAGAGCACCAUUGUUAGUUCCAGGUAUGACUCCAACAACAGUCUCUCCGGAAUUUGUUGCUGCAACUAUCAAUGCUGGGUAUCAAAUUGAAUUAGCUGGUGGGGGUUACUUUGCAGCUGAAGGUAUGACCAAAGCUAUUGAUGAAAUUAUAUCUCAAAUUAAACCAGGUUACAGCUUAUCUAUUAAUUUAAUCUAUGUUAAUCCAAGAAUGUUACAAUGGGGUAUUCCUUUGAUUAAAGAAUUGAGAGUUAAAGGUUACCCAAUUGCUGGUGUUACCAUAGGUGCUGGUGUCCCAUCUCUUGAAGUUGCUACUGAAUAUAUUGAAACUUUAGGUUUGACUUACUUAGGUUUGAAACCAGGUUCUAUUGAUGCUAUUUCUCAAGUUAUUAGUAUUGCCAAAGCACAUCCAAAAUUCCCAAUUCUUUUACAAUGGACUGGUGGUAGAGCUGGUGGUCACCACUCUUACGAAGAUUUCCAUGCUAAUAUGUUACAGAUGUAUUCAAAGAUUAGAAGACAAUCUAAUAUUAUAUUAAUAGCUGGUUCUGGUUUCGGUUCUGCUGAUGACACCUACCCAUACUUAACCGGUGAAUGGUCUACUAAGUUUGACUACCCACCAAUGCCAUUUGAUGGUUUCUUAUUUGGUUCUAGAGUUAUGAUUGCUAAAGAAACUAAGACUUCUUAUGCUGCCAAACAAGCUAUUGUUGAUUGUUCUGGUGUUCCAGAUUCUGAAUGGGAAGGUACUUACAAAAAGCCAACUGGUGGUAUUCUAACUGUUCGUUCCGAAAUGGGUGAACCAAUUCACAAGAUUGCAACACGUUGUGUUAUCUUCUGGAAGGAGAUGGAUGACACUAUUUUCAAUCUACCAAAGAAUAAAUUGCAACCAGCUUUAGAUGCUAAGAGAGAUUAUAUCAUUAAGAAGUUGAAUGCAGACACUCAUAAGCCAUGGUUUGCUACUGUAAAUGGUGAAAUUCGUGACAUUACUCAAAUGACAUAUGAAGAAGUUGCUAAAAGAUUGGUUGAAUUAAUGUUCAUUAGAAAGACGAAUUCUUGGAUUGAUGUCACUUUAAGAAACUUCACUGGUGAUUUCUUGCGUCGUGUCGAAGAACGUUUUACUGAUAAAAAGACGACUUCUUUAAUUCAAUCUUAUACUGUUUUGAAUGAACCAGAAAAGGCUUUAGAUGCUGUCUUUAAUGCAUAUCCAGCUGCUAAAGAACAAUAUAUGAAUGCACAAGAUGUUGAUCACUUUUUAAACAUGUGUGAAAACCCAUUCCAAAAACCAGUUCCAUUUGUUCCAAUUCUUGAUCAUAGAUUUGAAUUUUUCUUUAAGAAGGAUUCUUUAUGGCAAUCAGAACAUAUUGAAGCUGUUAUUGAUGAAGAUGUCCAAAGAACUUGUAUUUUACAUGGUCCUGUUGCUGCAGAAUUUACCAAGAAAAUUGAUGAACCAAUUAAGGAUAUUAUGGACAGUAUCCAUGAAGGACACAUUGAGAGAUUAGUUAAAGAUUACUAUAAUAAUGAUAAGUCUUCUAUUCCAAUCAUAGAAUACAUCGGUGGUGAAGAACCAGUUAUGACUGAUAUUGAAAAAUCAGAGCAGAAGCUUGUUUUCCAUGCUCAUACUAAUACUUGUCCAAUUGAAUGGUUUAAAUUAUUAGCUGGGAAUAAGAAGAAUUGGAGAUAUGCAUUCUUUACAACAGAAAGAUUCGUCCAAGGUAAGUUAUACACUGACAACGCUGCUAAGAAGGUUUUCAAGCCAUGUCAUCGUAUGAUUGUUGAAAUUGAAAAUCCAAAUGAUUCAUCUUCCACUGUUGUCACUUUAACUGAACGUAUUCAAGGUGAACAAAAGAAGACUGCUACGUUAAGACUUAUCAAAGACAAUAUUAUUGAAAUGAAUUUAAUUGAAAAUAGAACUAUGGAUGGUACUCCAGUCGUCUUACCAUUGCUUUACACUUACAAUAUAGAUGAUGGUUUUGCACCAAUUUCUGAAGUCAUGGAGGAUCGUAACAAGCGUAUUAAAGAAAUGUAUUGGAAACUAUGGAUUGAUGAGCCAUUUAACUUGGACUUCGAUCCAAGAAAAAUCAUCAAGGGUUCUGAUUUUAUAAUUACUGCUGACGCCAUCGCAGAAUUUACUUAUGCAAUUGGUAAUAAUUGUGAAGAUUUUGUUGCUAGACCAGGUAGAAAGCUACUUGCUCCAAUGGAUUUUGCAAUUGUUGUUGGUUGGAGAGCAAUCAUUAAAGCUAUUUUCCCAGAGACUGUUGAUGGUGAUUUACUGAAAUUAGUACACUUAUCUAAUGGAUAUAGGAUGAUUCCAGGUGCAUCACCAUUACAAGAGGGCGAUGUGAUUUCUACUUCUGCUAUUAUUAAAUCUGUUGUUAAUCAACCAACUGGUAAGGUUGUUGAGGUUGUUGGAACUUUAUCCAGAGAAGGAAAGCCGGUUAUGGAAGUUGUGUCCUCCUUUUUCUACAGAGGUGUCUAUGAUGAUUUCCAAAACACAUUCCAAAGAAUUACUGAACCAGUUUACCAAAUGCAAGUUACAUCUGCUAAGGAUGUAGCUGUUUUGCGCUCUAAAGAAUGGUUCCAAUUGGAUGAUGAGGAUAUCGACUUAUUAGGAAAAACUUUGACUUUUGAAACUGAAACUGAGGUUACAUUUAAGAAUGCUACUGUUUUCUCUUCUGUUCAAUGUACUGGUCCUAUUAAGUUAGAAUUGCUUACAAAGGAAAAGGUUGAGAUUGGUGUUGUUGACUAUUCCGCUUCUGAAUCUUGUGGUAAUCCAGUUGUUGAUUUCUUAAAAAGAAAUGGUUCUACUCUAGAACAGAAAGUCAAUUUAGAAAAUGCUAUUCCAAUUGCAAUUUUGGAUACACAAUCACCAAGCACUAAUGAAACUUAUGGUAGAAUUUCUGGUGAUUUGAAUCCAAUUCAUGUUUCUCGUCACUUUGCUAACUAUGCUGAUUUACCAGGUACUAUUACUCAUGGUAUGUACUCUUCUGCUGCUAUUCGUGCCUUGAUUGAAAACUCUGUUGCUGAUGGUGUUUCAUCUAGAGUUCGUGCUUACAGUUGUAAAUUCCAAAAUAUGGUCUUGCCAAAUACACCAUUAAAAACAACUAUCCAACAUGUUGGUAUGAUCAAUGGUAGAAAGUUGAUUAAGUUUGAAACUAAGAAUGAGGCAGAUGUUGUUGUUUUAAGUGGUGAAGCUGAAAUUGAGCAACCAGUUUCCACAUUUGUUUUCACUGGUCAAGGUUCUCAAGAACAAGGUAUGGGUAUGGAUCUGUAUGAAAAAUCUGCUGUCGCUAGAAAUGUAUGGGAUAGAGCUGACAAUCACUUCAAAAAGACAUAUGGUUUCUCUAUUUUAGAUAUUGUGAGAAAUAAUCCAAAGGAAUUGACAAUUUACUUCGGUGGUGAAAAGGGUAGAAAGAUCAGAGAAAACUAUACUUCCAUGAUUUUCGAAACUGUUGUUGGCAAUGAGAUUAAGACCGAAAAGAUCUUUAAAGAAAUCAAAGAAGACACUUAUUCAUACACCUUUAAAUCACCAAGUGGUUUGCUUUCAGCUACUCAAUUUACUCAACCAGCCUUGACUUUAAUGGAAAAGGCUGCUUUUGAAGAUUUAAGGUCUAAAGGUUUAAUUCCAGCUGAUGCUGCUUUUGCUGGUCAUUCUUUGGGUGAAUACGCUGCCUUAUGUUCCUUAGCUGACAUUAUGUCUAUUGAAUCUCUAGUUGAAGUUGUUUUCUACAGAGGUAUGACUAUGCAAGUUGCAGUUCCAAGAGAUGAACAAGGUAGAUCUAACUAUGGUAUGGUUGCUGUUAACCCAAGUAGAGUUUCUCCUACAUUCAAUCAAGAAGCAUUAAUGUUUAUUGUAGAAAAAGUUGCCAAGAAAACAGGUUGGUUAUUAGAAAUUGUUAAUCACAAUGUUGAGAAUCAACAGUAUGUUGCUGCUGGUGAUUUAAGAGCAUUAGACACUUUAUCUAACACUUUGAACUUAAUUAAAUUGCAAAAGAUCGACAUUAGUAAAUUGAGGGAAUCAAUGUCCUUAGAAGAAGUUGAAUCUCAUUUGUUUGAAAUCGUUGAUGAAAUCUCCAAAAAAUCGUUAGCUAAGGCGCAACCAAUUGAAUUGGAAAGAGGUUUUGCUUGUAUUCCAUUACGUGGUAUUUCUGUUCCAUUCCAUUCUUCUUACUUAAGGAGUGGUGUUAAGCCAUUCAAGAACUUCCUAAACAAGAAUAUUGUCAAGGAAAAUGUUAAGGCAGACAAAUUAAUUGGCAAAUAUAUCCCAAACCUAACUGCUAAGCCAUUUGAAUUAACUAAAGAAUACUUCCAAGAUGUUUACAAUUUGACUGGCUCCGAUCGUAUUAAGGCAAUUCUUGAUAAUUGGGAAUUUUAUCAAAACUAG